AAGUAUCCAAUCACAUGUUCUCUUCAUCUUAAACAAUCAAAUAUGGAACAAACUCAACAUGAAAUUGGAAUCAAAGUCUACAAUGCAACACCACCACCACCACCACAAGAAGUCACCACUGUCCCGCGACAACCCUCCAGUCACCCGGACCCUGGGAAGAAUCGUCGCGCCAUAAUGGCAAAAGGUGUUCAAAAAACCCUCUCAAAAACUUCCCUACUCGGAAACUUCCUUCCAACCGGAACACUCAUCACAUUCGAAAUGGUCCUUCCUUCAAUCUACCGAAAUGGUCAAUGCACUCAUGUUCACAUCAUCAUGAUGCAUUUCCUCUUAAUCAUGUGUGCACUUUCUUGUUUUUUCUUCCACUUUACCGAUAGUUUUCACGGCGCUGAUGGUAAUGUUUACUACGGUUUUGUUACUCGAAAAGGGUUGUCUGUUUUUAAACCGGGACUCGCUGUUUUGGUUCCUAAAGACGACAAGUACAAAGUUGGGUUUCAAGAUUUUGUGCACGCGAUUAUGUCGGUUAUGGUGUUUGUGGCUAUUGCUUUUUCGGAUUAUAGGGUUACUAAUUGUUUAUUUCCUGGACAUGAAAGAGAGAUGGAUCAAGUUAUGGAGAGUUUUCCAUUGAUGGUUGGAAUUAUUUGUAGCGGUUUGUUCCUUAUUUUUCCUACUUCAAGGCAUGGAAUUGGAUGCAUGUCUGCCUAAUUUACUAGUAUAUAUAUUAUAUAUAUGUUUUCAUUUGUGUGCUUGUUUAUUUAAUAACCUUAUGUAUUAAUUAAUUUAUGUAUAAUUUGUGUGAAAACAAUGUGAAGGUUGUGUAAUUUUAUAUAUAUUAACAUUGAUUGAAACAAA